CGCCGCCAGUCGUUUUCUUCUCAUUUUGCUCUCAAUUACCCUUUGCUUCGAACUUGAUCCCGGUACCACGAUCGCACUAUAUUUUGAGACCACAUAUUGAGUUGUUUGGCUGACGGAAAUGAAUUUCGUGGUGUCGACUGGUCCGGUGGAGAAGCAUAAUGCGGAGGUGCGCAAGCUGAUUCGGACGCAUGUCAUGCUGGGUAAGAACAGGGGGAGAGUGCUCCCUCCUCGAAAGAAGAAGAAUAAGGACGUGGAGGCGUCUCUAAGCGAAAAGCCCCUUUCUGAAUCCGUCACUACAUGUACCCCUCGAAAUUUCGGUUCGGAUCUAUGUGCUGUGAGAUUUGCCGAUACGGUAACACCUGAAGCUAUCACUUCGAUACUACGCUGUAAGUAACCUCCCCUGGGGUUCUUAAAAGAAGGGUUCUAAUCCACUCAUCCGAUAGUUUCUUCUAUCAUCAAGGGGAUUUUGUACCCGCUGGAGAAAUGCAUAUUCUUCGACCGAAGGGCGGAUGUUUGGGUUACACCCUUAGCGACUGAUCCCGCGUACCUGCACAUCGUAAUCUUCAGCUCACAAUACUACUUCAACAACAUCCUCCCCAAGCAAAGCGGUUACGGAACCAUCACCUUCCGACGCUCACUGCAUCUCACGAAAUCUGUCAAGCUUCUCCGUGAGAGACUUGCGGAUGGCGAGGGGGUGGAGAAAAUAUCGAAUACCACCACGGCGGUUAUCAUGUCUCUAGCCGGCCACGCAUUCAUGAUGGGCGAUGUGGAGAGUGCUAGAAAUCAUAUUGAGGGGCUGUAUAAAGUCUUCGCUUUGAGGGGAGGUGUGGCUUCGUACCAGGGCGCGGCGAAGCUUCUGGUUGAGAUGCUGAGGAUGGAUAUUGGGUUGGCGCUUUAUGAUGGUUCGGAGUGUCUAUUCUUUGACAGGGAGCCUUUGAUACCCUUCCCUAAUCUUUCAUUGCUCCUCCCACUCGACUUUGGAAUCCUUCGAAACCCAAUUGUUUUCUCAAAUGGACUUGAUCCUAAGCUUGCAGGGAUUUGGAACCUCCUUGCGCAGUUCUGUGCAGUCGUUAAUCUUGCACUUGAAUCUAGACAAUUCAUCACUUCGGAAACAUACUUGGAGACCAUGGCAUCAACGUUCUAUCGCCUCCUCGAUAUGCGUUUUGAUUCCUGGUCUCGGGAUGAGGCAGUGCGACUUGGCCUGCUUGCGUUUUCUGCAGGCGUUCUUCUGCAAUGGAGACAAAUGGGCGUACGGUAUUCUCACUUUACUCAUCUCUUCCGAACUUGUCUGGAAGACAUUUCGAGUGCGGAGGUUUCGCCUGAGCUGAUGCUUUGGCUUUUGAUGGUGGGGGCUGUGGGCGUGUUUGAUGGUGGUGAUGAUAUAUGGCUGAAGCCUUUGUUGCUUUCUCAAAGUGAGAUUUGUGGGCUUCGUUCGUGGGAUGAGAUGAAGAUUCUGUUGGAGUCGUUCUUGUGGGUUGGUUGGGUAUUUGAUGAACCUGGCAAGAGGAUAUUUGGUUCGAUGAACGCUGGUUUGGCAUGAUGAUUGCCCCAUAUCUUUGGGUUUGGGUAGUGGUGUGGUUUAUUCUCUAAUUACCGAGUUGAACAAUUGUGGUAAAACCUUAAGUAGUUAAGAGAUAAGCUAAUUAUUCUUGAAGAAAUAGAUGUGUUGUGCACAA